AUGGAAAAUACCAAACCCGUGUCAAACUCUUGCACCUUUUCUACGAUCAAAAACUCUCCAACAGAACCUGUUGAUGUGUCACUAUACUGAAGCACGGUGGGGGUUCUCCAAUAUCUUACUAUCACCCGACCAGACAUCUCAUUUGCACUGAACAGGGCUUGUCAAAUGAUGCAUAACCCAACACAAGAAGGUUGGAUUAAAGUCAAGCACCUUCUUCGGUAUUUCAAGGGCACAGUUAUGAAAGGUCUUCAAUUUCAUAAAUCCUCUGAUUUUUCACUCUCCAUAUUUAGCAACGUUGUUUGGGCAGGCUCACCCAUUGAUCGGCGAUCAACUAGUGGAUUUUUAAUAUUUCUUGGUAAAAAUCUCAUUUCAUGGAGCUGA